UGCGUUGUAGUGAGGUCAGCAAGAUGCGGUGAUCACGGACCACAGAUGGUGCUAGUUGGCGUAGGGAAAAGCAGUUUGACAGCGGCAACUAGACAGGAUGUUAUGCAGAAUCAUCAACACACCCGGGAAAUGCGAUGCUUAAUUGUUGUGAAUGAAUAGAUGAACAACGUUAAAGUUUGAUUGCCCGAAGGUUUAUUUUUGAGAUUCUGUGCGUAGUUUCUUGCUGCUCUCUUGACCAAGUAGGCACUUGACUUGAUCUGGUUGGAUCCUUAUGCACUCCACCUUUCGGAUAUCCUUGGAGCACGAAGGUUGUGAAUAUAUGAUGAAGUUUAAACCCAACCAGACGAGGAUUUAUGAUGGCGAAGGUUUCAAGAGAAGAGCGGCAUGUUUAUGUUUCAAGAAUGAAAAAGAGGACGAGGUGUUGUUGGUGAGCAGCAGUCGGCACCCAGACCAGUGGAUUGUCCCAGGAGGAGGGAUGGAGCCUGAGGAGGAGCCAUGUGGAGCUGCAGUCAGAGAGGUGUAUGAAGAGGCUGGUGUAAAGGGAAAGCUUGGCAGGCUACUGGGGGUUUUCGAACACAACCAGGACAGGAAACACAGGACGUACGUCUAUGUCCUGACUGUGACAGAGACCUUGGAGGACUGGGAGGAUUCUGUCAACAUAGGUAGGAAACGGAAGUGGUUCAAGAUCGACGAGGCUAUCCAAGUGUUGCAGUGCCACAAGCCUGUCCAUGCGGAGUACCUGCGCCGCCUCACAGUCACCUGUAACCCCACCUGCAGCUCCACCUGUUGUGACCCCACCAAUGGCAACACCUGGGUCUCCCCCCUGACGGACGACAAAGCCCCUCACUACGUCACCUCCACACAGGGGACAGAUAGAGGACCACCCUUGGUCAACAGAUAGGAAAGACAUCGCAAUCAAAGGAACCAGCAUCAUAAGAGGACCUAGCCUAGGUGCCAGUCUGUUUCUGCCAUCUUGCCAACUCCUUGUGGUCAUGUUUGGCUUGACAAUGACCGUAAUGGAGUUGUCAAGAGCUCAAAUUGAUCUGGGACCAAGCUAAGUAGGACCCGAAAGGACUCUAGAGAGGACGUACCCAGAACAUACUUUUUGCAUGGAUUUGUUUCUGUGUUGACUCUUAAUAUGUUCAGUUCUAAAGUUAAAAGGAAUUCAUUAUUUUAUUAGGGGGCUUGAAGAGUGCGAAAAUGUAUCAAAUGGAUAUUCAGUAUUUUUCUUAGUAUAUUGUUUUUAUCAACUGUCACCAGCCAAAUAAAGAUAUAUAUUAUUAAUAAAAACUGGACCUUAAAGCUAAUCUCUUAACUGAAUCCAUUAGUCAUCAGAAUGACAUCAACCUCAGAGUGAGAGGUCAUUUGUUUCAAGUUAUUCUUAUUCUACAUUUUGAUUCCAUAAAGUCAGUCUACUAUGUUAUUUGGUCAAUGCAGCCCUUUGGUAAACUGCUUUCUGCAGGAAGUAGCUCUGGUAGGCCAAUAGAAGGUUGUGUUCGCUCUAGAAAGGCUCAUGUCCUUUAUGCCAAAACCCCAAUUGCUGCUUAGUUUAAGUCUCAUAUCUUUAACUCUUCACUGCCAAAGUACAUUUAAUGGAGAUAUCUCCUGUUGAACAAGUAAAUAACUUAUUUGGGAAAAUGUCUAAACCACUAGUCAGAAAGUGAUAUCUAAUUUUUAUUUGCCCAUUUUGAUUGUUGUCCUACUGCUUAUUGUUGUAUAGUAAUAAGUAGCACCAUUUCCAUGCCCUUACGAGCUGUUUUCUAGUUUACAUAGUGAGUUUGAAAGAGCAGCUUUGGCCUAGAAACUGGAUCAUUUAAGACUGUUUGCUUAUCUUCAACCACACAGUAUUGCACAAGAACAAAAGAUUUGUACAUAUUUAUUUUUAGAAUAUAUGGAAUAUAGCCCAAUAAUUGUUUUAACAAAUAGGUUUUAAGUGGGAACAUAUUCCAAGUUACAUUGAUAUUUUUCUGGGAGGGCUAUAAUAUAACUUAUAGGGAUAUUUUUCUGUGGGCCUGCAUGAUUGACUAGUGAAAGCAUGAAGGCCUGUGACUGACGUGUCUUUCAAACGGAACACAGAACAGAGAGAAUCGAGUCCUAUCAAUUGCCUUAACAGCCAUAGUAAUCUGUGUAAUGUGUGUCAAAUUCAUAAGAUUUGAAUGUGGUCACUGGGAGUGAAAACAGAUCAUUUUAGCACAGAUACUUUUACUAGCCUGGUGAAACCAGCCUGAUUGUGUGAUAGCUCACAUUUUGUUUCACUUGACAAUUGAAAAAAAACUAAAAUGUGAGUACAUUGGUCAGUCUGCUUGACCCGGCUAUUUUUUUGCUGGAGGAGAAACAGAUUGUCAUAGAAAGGUUUGAGAGGGCUUGUGUCAAGGAGACUAUGAUGCUUUUGCAUUGUAUUUAGAAUGUAUGUGAGGAUUUAGCAAGUGUUGCCAAAACGACUCCAUUUUGUUAAAUGGUACAUUUUUUAUAUGUACAUUAUUACUGAGAAAUAUGAUUUGUUUUUCAACGGGACUCUUCCCCCCCUAUAUCAUUAGAAUUUGGAGGAAUUAAACAGGACAGAGCAUAAACAAGAACAUAUAGUGAUCAACUCACCAAAUUCAAAGAAGGACACAGUCAGCUCUGGCUUUGACAUAUAACUGAAAGGAACAAAAACUGAUGCUAUUACAUAAAGUCUAGUAAAGACAUUAAAAUAGCAUGUCUUAGUUAUUUUAUCUUUCCAAUCAAAGUGAUUGAGGGUUACACAACUGCAUGUAUACACAGAUGUGUACCCAUAAUGUGUUCUCUGCUCUUCACUCUCGUUCUUAAAUAAAGAUACUAUAUUUAAAUAUCAAAA